UCCUAAUAAAACACUCCCCCCCCUCUCUUCUCCCACCAACCCCUCCGAUGGGCCCCCCACCAGCCGCCGCCACACUCAGAAGAUCCGCCACCGCCGGCGGCAGCGGCUCCGUCAUACUCAACAAGUACCUCCUUGGCCGCCUCCUCGGCCGCGGCAGCUUCGCAAAAGUAUACCUCGCCCGCCUCCUCCAAGACGCCGGCGCCGACGCCGAAGUCGCCGUCAAAGUCAUCGACAAGGCCGCCACCGUCGACGCCGCCAUGGAGCCGCGCAUCCUCCGGGAAGUCUCCGCCAUGCGCCGCCUCCACCACCACCCCAACAUCCUCAAACUCCAUGAAGUCAUGGCCACCAAAUCCAAGAUCUACCUCGUCAUGGAACUCGCCGCCGGCGGCGAACUCUUCGCCAGAUUGAACCGCUCCGGUGGCCGGUUCUCCGAGCCCACCGCCCGCCGCUACUUCCGGCAGGUCGUUGCCGGCCUCCGAUUCUGCCACCAGAACGGCGUCUACCACCGCGACGUCAAACCCCAAAACCUCCUCCUCGACGAAAACGGCGUCGUUAAAAUCACCGACUUCGGACUCUCCGCCUUGUCGGAAAACCAGAACAGCAAUUCCUUGAUCCACACCGCCUGCGGCACCCCGGCGUACACCGCGCCGGAAGUCGUCUGCGGCGGCGCCGGCGGCGGAGGAUACGACGGCGAGAAGGCUGACGCCUGGUCCUGCGGCGUCCUCCUCUACGUCUUCCUCGUCGGAAAUCUCCCUUUUGACGAUUCCAAUUUAUCGUCUAUGUACCGCGCAAUGCACCGCCGGGCGUUUGAAUUUCCCGGCGGGAUUUCGAAGCCGGCGAAGCUCGCCAUUUACAGACUCCUUGAUCCGAAUCCGGCGACGAGAUUAUCCCUAGACGAAUUGACGAAGCUUUCCUGGUUCAAGAAAUCGAAUUCCCAAAUCAAUUUGAUUCAAAACCCCAACCCUAAUUCCGAUCCGAAUUGGGGAUUUAACAAUUACGUCCCCAAAGCGACGGCGUUCGACAUAAUUUCGAUGUCGGCGGGGUUGGAUCUGUCGGGGCUUUUCGACGGCGGCGGACGGAAGGAGAUAAGGUUUACGACAGCGACGGCGGGGAUCGAGGAGGUGGUGGCGAGGGCGGGGGAGGAAUUGGGGUAUGGGGUGGAGAGGGGGGGGAAGGGGGUUGGGUUGAGGAUGGUGAAGGGGGGUAGGGUGGUUUUGGAGGUGGAGGUAUGGGAGGUGGCGGUGGAGUUGUGGCUGGUGGAGAUGCGGGUGGUGGACGGCGGCGGAGUGGAGUUUGGGGAGUUGCAGUGGGCGGAGAUGAGGUCGGGGAUCGGCGGGGCGGUUGUGACGUGGUGCACUGGGGAAGAAGAAGAAGGCGGUUUGAUCUGACGGCUGGGGGGCGACACGUCAGCGGCUGUGGAGGGUUAGGAUUAGAUUUUAUUCAGAUGUGAUAUAAUUUUGUAAUAAUACAAGCAUGUAAUAUACAUGAUUUUAUUUUUAUUUUUAUUUUUAUUUUUUGUAAUUUGAGUUUCUUAGUAUACUCCAUGUUGUGGCUGUCUUUUUUGAUGAUAUGUUGUAAUAGGUUUAUAGGGCUAGCAAUAAUAGCUUCUGACAACGUAGUACUA